UAUACCAAUGAUAAACCAGACACUAUGUACAUACAUGUAUAUAAACACUCUCAGCUCUGUCUGUGACAAUCUCUGGAAAAACGUCACUAGAUAGCACCAUGGUUACCACGGGAUGGGUUCUGGUUCUGACCGUAGUAGCAUGCUGUCACAAAGCAUCGGCUACAAAUGAUUGUGCAAUUACCUCCUGUAUGGAAGGGAAGAUCGACUUUGAUGAGGAAAUUCGAGACAGAAUCAACGUGACACGUAGUUCGCUGGGAAUACGGAUUUAUUUCAAGCCAAAGCUCUUCAGUUUUCUAUGCAGUGCGUUUGACAUGGUCCAGACUUGUAUUAGUGGGUUGAAUUCCACAGAACUGAAUGAAUGCGUACCGAAAAAAGAGCAAAAAGAAUUUUCAGCUGUAAUGGGUGCCAUGGACAGAAUUGUAUGUACCAAAGACGAGCGACUGGACACAUUGGUGGACUGUAUGAACGAUGGGAGUGUCCAGAAAAUGUUUUUCGUGGAUCUGAUGUUUAAAGGCUUCAGCUUCAUGAAAGCAGUGGAAGAAAAGGACUCCAAUGUGUGCAGUGAUAUAAAAACAGAAUUCAGUAAGACCGUGACGAGCCUUUCCGCUACAUGUGACAAUGACGGUCUGAGAGCGCUCCUGGAGAUAAUGAACGAGUUAGUGGUAGAGUUUGAGGACGAAAUUGUCGACAAAAUUCCCAAACGUUUGUCACGUGAUAACAUUUGCCUGGAUGAAUUCAAGGAAGUGACGAAAACUGCGCAGACCCCUCUGUCGAGACGGGCACUAGCCAUGAAGACUUCACGGAUCAUUAGAUCCGUACUUGGAUACUAAUUACAUGUAAUAUCAUCUCAAUAUAAUUGGCGAAAUGAUAUGUCAAUAAAGUCAAGUCAUACGUGUA